AUGAAGGGGUUCUCGACGAUUCUUUUGACCCUAAACAUCCUACUUGCCCCAGUCCUUGCUGCGAGUACGCCCGCUUCAGCUCUAACGUGCCCCUAUCGAACGGUGAAUUACAUCACGCACACCCUUCCCCAGCAAUGCCUGACUUCCUCCCGGAAAGCCAGUCCUAUAACAUCCUUGACGACCGCAGGCAAUUCCACCACAGGAUCAGCAGGAUCAUCCACAUCCACUGGUGUACAACUCUCGAAUGUCGACUCGGAAAAUGCAAAUGUAUCGACUGUCGCCGCGGCUUCCCCUGUCACUGUGAAUAACACCUCGAUUCAACCACAAAGCACAGCAGUCACUGCGAGUUCCGAGCCCUAUAUCAGCGGAACGGAUGAUGCCAUAGAUGAGGUGUCCCCGCUCGAGGAUGUCAAAUUCCUCUCCUUUGAAGACUGGAAGCGAGAAAAUCUCAAAAAGUCGGGACAAUCGGAACAUAUUGGACAACGAGCUAGAGGCGAGCCUCAGAAACGGCCAAUAAUUGACCAAAAUUCCUUAGACUCCCUCGGCGAUGAUGCCGAAAUAGACCUCGACUUCUCUGGAUUCGUUUCUGACGGCCUGGAGCCCGAAAAUCAACCUCAACCGCGCCCUCCACAACCAGUCUCUGAUGGAACACCCGCCCUUGAGCCUGGCCGUACGCCGAGGGUUGGCCUGAGGAGCAAAGACGCUGGCAAGACUUGCAAGGAGAGAUCCAACUAUGCCUCAUUUGACUGUGGUGCAAAUAUAAUAAAGACCAACCCCGAAGCAAAAAGUCCUUUCGCUAUCCUUGGCAAGAACAAGGAUGCAUACAUGUUGAACGAAUGUUCUGCUCAGAACAAAUACGUUAUCCUGGAACUUUGUGAUGACAUUGCUGUGGACACAAUAGUGGUCGCUAAUUUCGAAUUCUUCAGCUCGAUCUUUCGGGCGUUCAAAGUUAGUGUUUCUGAUAAAUAUCCUGUAAAGCCGGACAAAUGGAAAACGUUGGGUACCUUCGAGGCUCGCAACAGCCGUGAGGUUCAAGCCUUUCUCGUCGAAAAUUCCGUCAUUUGGGCCCGUUACCUCCGAAUUGAAUUCUUGACUCAUUACGGAAGCGAGUACUACUGUCCAUUAAGCCUUGUCAGGGUGCAUGGCACAACUAUGCUGGAGGAGUACAAGCAUGACCUCGAGUCCUUACAGAAUGAAGAAGAAGAUGAGCCGGUUUUGGUUCUGGAAGAGCAGUCUACUCUUACUGACGGGCAGGCAUCAGAUGCUGUCACCGGAGCAACAACAAGUCAGACCGAUUCUCACCGAUCUGAGACUGCCAAUUUAAGGGAGGACAUGACGGUCUCGCAGGAUCUGCAGCCCUCUUCAGCAAAUGAAACUAUCUCAAACCAUGGUUCAGUUGAGCCAGCCUCCGAAGUAGCCACAUCCUCAACGAAUUUAUCAACAAUAAUGGAUAGUCUAGGCCAUCAAAGGUAUGCAACCGAAACAUGCGACCUUGCAGAGACUUCCUUAGCCAUAGAGCCAGAAGGACGGAUAGGAAUAUCAAUGACGGAUAGUAUAAGCAUUGGCUCAUCAACGAGUUCGUCGACCUCGAGUCUUGGUUCUAGCAACUCGAUCAGAACACAAGCUCCUAUGACUGAAUCGAGCAACAUCACCUCGCCGAGCUCGUCCUCUCCAAACGUCAGCUCACAGGCUGCCAAUUCGACAAGCUCAAAAGGCUCCUCAAUUGCACCUUCGUUCAACAGUACCAAGGUGCAACCUUCACAAACACAAGCCGCCCCUGCAGCUCCAACUAUGCAGGAAUCCUUUUUUAAAUCGGUGCAAAAGCGAUUGCAAAUGCUUGAGUCCAACUCAUCCCUCUCUCUCCAAUACAUCGAAGAGCAGUCCCGGGCACUUAGAGACGCGUUCCAGAAAGUUGAACAGCGGCAAUUAGCCAAAACCACCUCAUUUCUGGACUAUCUGAAUAACACAGUACUGAACGAGCUCCGUGAGUUUCGAUUACAAUAUGAUCAGCUGUGGCAAUCCACCGUGAUUGAGCUGGAGCUACAACGUGAGCGUUAUCAGCACGAAAACCUGGCAAUAAAUGCCCGGCUCGGCGUGGUUGCAGAUGAACUCAUCUUCCAAAAGCGCAUGUCCACAUUACAAAUGAUAUUAAUCUUGGUCUGCUUAGGGCUUGUCUUAUUCUCCAAGGGAUCGCUGAACAGUUAUCUGGAACUUCCGCUGUUCCAAAACGUCCUCUCAAGAUCACCGAGCACACGCUGGCUGAAUAUCCCCACUCUUGAGACACCCACACAAAGUCCCCCUGUGACAAGGACCAACUCUGUCCGAAGUUCCAAGCGCCAAGGGAUUUUGAAGGGUCAUCGUCGUUUAUCAUCCGAAGACUCAGUUGAGAGCACACUAAGCCCUGCGGACCUCUACACCCCAUCAACGCCAGUCAGCUUUGGAGAGACCUCAGAUGAUGAGCGGGAGCACGAAAAUAAUGAUCCCCUAGGCAAUCCGCAAUUUGACCCAAGUCUUAUCGAAAGACCUAGUACAAGUCCUCCGGUUCUGCUUGGGAGGGACAUGGCCUCUACGCCACCCACACCAAUCUCGCUCACCGAUGCUGGAGCUCGGACAAUAGAAACAACCCUUGAAACUUGCUCCCCUCAGAGUGGUGUGAGACCGCCUCUUUUGUUGGUCGAAGAUGCCACUCCUCCAGCAAAACACCUUACAUGGCAGCUGCCAGAUGACUAG